CCUAGAUACUGUACCCCUCGCUUUGGCUUCAAGGGUACGUGAACAGCCAUCCCAAGCCAUCCUCUCUCUCUCUCUCCGUCACUCUUCUCUUCUCCCACCCAACACCCUUCCGCUGUCCUGUCCCUCUUCUCACUCCAAUAAACCCAACAAAGUCAAAACACUCUUCCUUAUAACCAACUAUGUCUUCUCUCACACCCAUCUCUCAAUCCCAACCCCUCUUCACCAAAACCCAACUCAGAAAACCCCCCAGCACCCCCAUCAUGGUCUUCCCGAACCCCAAUCCUGCCGCCAAAUCUUCCUCCGUUGGCGGCCCUUCGGCGACGAGGGCGAAGAUGAAUACGGCGGUGGUGGUGAAGGCAGCGGCGGCGGCGACGGCGGCGAAGAAGCGGUACCCGGGCGAGGCGAAGGGGUUUGUUGAGGAGAUGAGGUUUGUGGCGAUGAAAUUGCACACGAGGGAUCAAGCCAAGGAGGGGGAAAAGGAGGCUGAGGGCCCGCCGAUGGCGAAGUGGGAGCCCAGUGUUGAUGGGUACUUGAGGUUUCUUGUGGACAGUAAGUUGGUGUUUGAGACGCUUGAGGGGAUUGUGGAAAGACCUGCUUUUCCUGAAUAUGCUGAGUUCAGGAACACUGGACUAGAAAGGUCAGAAAGUCUGGCAAAAGAUUUGGAAUGGUUUAAAGAGCAAGGUCAUACUAUUCCUGAACCGUCAUCUCCUGGUGUUACCUAUGCUAAUUACCUUCGGGAAUUAUCGGAGAAGGAUCCCCAAGCAUUCAUCUGUCACUUCUACAAUAUUUACUUUGCCCACACCGCUGGUGGUCGAAUGAUCGGGAAAAAGGUAGCUGAAAAGAUACUAAACAAGAAGGAACUGGAAUUCUACAAGUGGAAUGGUGACCUUUCCCAACUGUUGCAAAAUGUGAGGGAUAAGCUGAAUAGAGUUGCUGAGAGCUGGACUAGAGAGGAAAAGAACCAUUGUUUGGAAGAAACGGAGAAGUCAUUCAAGUUCUCAGGAGAUAUCCUCCGUUUGAUAUUGUCAUGAUGCGCAAAUAGUGCUGCUGGUUGUUUACUUCUGCAAGUAAUGGGGGCGAGCUCUAACAUUUAUUCGUACUCACAAGUGUUUCAUCUUCUCCUCCUGCUGUUGUUUAUUUUCAAUUGUGCAUAAGCAGAACUUCAUUCAAGGUAUGAAAGUGUCAGCUUCGGAAAGUCAUAACAUCUAAUUGUUCCGAUUCUUAUGGUUACUUUCGGAGCGCUAAUGUCCGUGUAAUUAUCUUUGAUAAUGAUGUUUAUUUUUACCUUGAUCUAGAGCAUUUCAUUUGAAAGACGAAUCUUUUCCUCUC